AUGUGCCGGCAUGUGCUGGACCAAUGGCGCGUCACAGAAGAGCGACCUGUCAGAAAGCUUGAGACUCUCGAUCAUGAACGCUGCACAGCCCUACAUAAUCUGAUCGUUGAGCUUGGCUGGACACAGCGAGGCUUCAAACUGAACGACCUCGACAAACGAACAUGGUGGCAACGCUACGAGAGCGAUGCGGCUCUCGCAAGCAUAUCUGCUCGUCUGCACCCCUCGGUCGUCUCAUUCCUGAAAGCGGCAUGGCAUGGGUUCGCAUUGGAUGGAUCGGAGCCAAAUCACGAUUUUCAUCGAUACGUCGUUGCUCUGGCUUCACCAGAACAGCUGUGGCAGAACGUCAACUAUGCUGAAGAUGAAGAUGAUUCGAACAAGCAGCGCUAUCUUACCCUCUACAUGGCAAAUUGGGCUCUAGGGGCGAGCCAUCCUCUGGGCCUUGUACUGGACCAAGAGAACGGCACAUCCAUGCAGCAUAUGUCGAUUCAUGAUUCAGAUGUCACAAUGAACGGCCGUCAGUCCUGGCUUCCACUUGAACUCAUUCUUGACGGUUUCAUUGAUAUGAUAGAACAAGGCAAGAUCGUUGCUGUCGACGAUGAUUAUGAUGGCGAGCAAGAGCGUACGGAACCAUGGAUCAUGCCUUCCUACUCAGAACGAGGCCUCAACGAUACUCUUCAGGCAUUUCGGUCCCUGGUCGAUGCGAUAUGCGCUAGAAUGCCAAAUCAAACUCAGCACACGGAGAACGGCCUGAUUGAACUUGUCACCGGUGGUAAUCCAGAGAGUCUGCCCUCUAACAGUUUUGCGUACCGUUUCCUAUCUCGAGCGAAAGUUCCUCCAUUCAUAUACAUCGCGCCAGGCCUGCGUAUUGCAAACCAUCAACCCUUCGCAGAAGUGCCGCUAGCAGAAACCUCGGCCGAACUGUUCCCACUACUACUCUUCACAAGCACUGAGCCUGCCCAUCGAGAGACUCGCCGUGCGCCGUGGGGCCAAGACAUAUUCGAAUCACCAUUUCCGUACGAGUUUCAUUCCAUCUCGUCCUACCCAGCCGGUCUAUACUUGACAGAAACAGAGCCUCAAAGCACGCAUCCUUUCGAAGAUGGUUGCAAACUAGUCCUGCCGUACACUCUGGGAAACAACAUGUGUGCGCGAACCAGCGAUGGGGCAUUCAUAGGAGAGAAAGUGCAUUCUCGUGGGGACGUCAGUACAGCCGACAUCGAGCCGAAGAGUACCGAGCUGUAUCAGCUUGGGUACAAUCAUUUCAUCGAGAUGCACGAUGUUCAACUCAAACAUGUACUUUGGAAGUGGGUAAACAUGAUUGAAUCAGGAAAGUGGAAAGUUGACGCGGGUGGAGUCGUGGGAGAUAUAGAGAAAUGGAGGGAGGCAGAUACAGAAGAUGCAUGGCAGGACUGUCAACUGCCAUUGAGCUGGUAA